CUACUACGUGCUACUAUCAAGAGAACACGAGGAGAAGAAUACGCGGAUCGUAGUCGUUGUUGUAGUCGUUUUAGUCGUCAUCGUCAUCGUCAUCGUCAUCAUUGUCGUCGUCGUCGUCGUCGUCGUCGUCGUCGUUGCUGUGUGUUCGCGUUGAACUGAUGCUUAGAUUAGAGCGUGCGCGUCCUGCAUCAGUGCAGCACCAACAGCGGCGGCACCAGUAAUAGUAAAAUCAUCAUUGUCCGUCGUUAUCAGCAGUCGUCAGUACGGUUAGAUUGUCAAGAUGUAAGCCCACCGGUUUUUUUAAGAAGAAGAAGAAGAGAGAGAGAGAGAGAAAGUCUCGAGUUUGCUGUUACUGUUGCUGGUAUUUGUUGAAAAAUCAAAAGGGUUGUUUAGUAAGAAAGAGUGAGUGAGAGAGAGAGAGUGUGUGUAUGAGAGAAAGAUAGAAAGAUAGAGUGUAAGAGAAAAAGAGAGAAAGAGCGAGAGAAAGAAAGAAAGAGAGAGAGGGGGUGAGUGAGUGUGAGGGUGAAAGGGGGAAAGGAAAGGCGUUGGACUACCGGGGGAGAAAGAAAGGAGGACGCGAGAAUGGAGGUACCGAGAAAGGGAUCGAUCGUUUCCCGAUAGCUGGCAUGGAGGACACGGCACUAGGUAUCUCCGAGGUUCGAGGUAUCGAAUAUGGCAUCAGGAUUGCCGAGCGCUCGUCAGAGGAAGCUUGGACCAGCACCAAUAGCAUCCUUCGAAGACCUAUCGGACGAGGUGGAAAACGGGGAACCGACAACACGAAUGCCAGGCAUCAUCGAGGUCGCCACCCCGGCAACGCCUGGUAGUUCGCUAAAGACACCCAGUACACCAAGAAUUGAUAUCAGCCGGGCAAGCAGUUCCUCACACCAUGAGGAUAGUAAUUCUAGGGAAUCAUCACCCGAAAGAGAACUUCUCGCAGGUGGAGAUCCUCCUCCAGGGAGUAAGCUGACCUUAGGUUACAAGGAAGAUGCACAGGAUUUAAGAUCGUCAACGGAGGAAUUAGACUUGCAGGAUCCAAUACACGAGCAAGAUCUUAGGAGGGAAUCGAAAAAGGCAAGAAAACGAAGAGAAGAUGGAUCACAAUCGGAUUAUAGCGGUGGAACGAGGCAUACCCAAGACAGAGAAAGGAAGGAUAGUAAUUGUUCUGAAAUUAUCCUUCUUAACAUCAGCGGUAGAACUUCCAGAUUGUCUUCUGUGGGAAGUCAGGGUUCUGGUGUUUCCGGAAAACUCUCGGUGGUUUCGGGUACUUCAUCGAGGUCACCGAGUCCGCACAAAUGUCUAUUGGAGACGUCCUUUUGUGGUAGCAAGCCGACUUUAGCUGAUAACUUGAUUGAACCAUCGAAACCAGAAACCGAAGACUUAGAAAAGAUUUUGUUGAAACGCGAAGCUGACACCACUAAAGCGUUAAUUCCAGAUAGUAUUAAAGUAUCUAUGGUCGGUGGUAAUUUGAAGCCGGAUCCUUUAGAUAAGCCAAGAAGACGCGGUCGGGAAGAAAGGAAAGAGAUAUUUAAGAGAGAAGUGGAGAUUACUAAGAGAUUUUUAGAAAAGGUUAACAUAGAGGUACCAAUUAUUCGUAAAUCAUUUGAAUCAACGCAACAACAACAACAACAACAACAACAGCAGCCAACUAAAAGUCAGUCACAAGAAGUUCAAAAGCCAGCUAGCUUAGAUUUUAACGACAAACGAAAGAAAGCACAGAAUUUCAAAGAGAUCGUCCAAACAACACCAACGGCGAGUAGCUUAACUGGUAGUCCUAAAUUACCGAGACAUCAAAAGGUUCGAGAUCUUGAGGGAUCCCGGACACCUAGUCCAUCUUCCGUAUCGAGAAAAAGCAGUUUUGCCUCUUUAUUCAAGACCAGAACUGAUGGCAGCGUACUGAGCCCAGAAUCACCGUCGCCGAGUACUAAACCACGUAGGAGUUUAACAUCGAAGAUAAAGGACACCACGGAGAGUCUAAGGAGCAGAUCUAAAUCACGAGAAAGGGUUGCCGUUGAUAAGGGUGGUUCUACUUUGAAGAAGGAUUCCAAAAACAAGGGGGUCUUCUCGUCUACUUUGAGUUUAUUCAAAAAACGCGAAAGGAAGAAGAGUUAUGAUGAAGCUAUAGCAUCAUCUUCUUCCGGUGUUGCAAUAGAAUAUGAUGGUGGUGGUAGUGGUAGUGGUGGUGGUGGUGGUGGUGGUGGUGGUGGUGGUGGUGUUGGUAACGUUGUUGAUCAAUUACAACAGCAACAACAACAACAACAACAAUCGUCGUUGGAAAGUAUCGGUCAGGUUGAAUUUACUUUCAAUACCGAAAAAGAAAGACGCAAGGAUGAUUCAAUUUUUAUCAGUCUUCACGCGGAUGAUAGAAAUUACGAGGAAGCAUUACCAUCCGAAAGUGUUUCGAUACCAUUAGAAACACCAACCAAAUUAUUAGACGAAUACGAAUCUGAACCACGUACGACUACUAUUACCGGUGGUAUUAUGAUGACCGAAGUUUCCAUAGAACAUCAUCAUCCUCCCUGUAUCGAAAUGAAAACCGAAUCGAGAAUUGAAAUAACACCGUCUAAAAAAUCCUCAUUUGAUAAUCAAAUAAUAUCACGUAGCCCGUCGAGAGAUUCUCAAAUAUCGAUGAUGACUGGCCAAUCGAAAGAUACGAAAAUAAUAAAUGCACAGAUUGUUAAAGAUAAUUUAGAUAAUACUAUAAUUAAAUCAUCUAACACAGUUAGUUCGCCAAGUUCGUCUAAUGAAAUUAGACAAUUGUCCGGAUCAAAUCAAAGAUUGUCCGGUAGUUCUUCCAAAGAUUCGAUUUCGAAGAAAAUUAUUGUUCCCGAGGUUGUACCGAAGAUCAAAAGAAAAAAUAAGGAUGAACAGGUGGUUAAUUUACAAUCGGAUAAGAUAGACGAUUUGUCAUCGCAGAAAAAGAAAAUUGUAGAUAUUGGCGAUGUUAACGUUACGAAAACAAUCGUCGAGUCUAAGAAAACAGAAUUUUUGGAGGACGGUGGAUUAUCCGUCAAAAUGGCGGAUGUUAAUUUAGUGAAGACGUCUAGUAUAAUAUCGGAUCUCGAUCAUAACAGUUCGGAAUCCGAAAGGGAUUCCGAGAUAGAAUUUAUUCGUAAUAAGACUGAGAAAAUUAGCGAGGAAUUACCUGACGAACGUAAGGGUCUGUUUAACGAGGAAAGCUUCGAAGAAGAUCUUCCUUAUAUUCCGACAACCUUGCCUUUGGAGAAAAGCGUAGCGGUACCGAUUUUACCAGUGAAACAACGACUGCAAGAAGUUAGAACGAUACCAAUCGAGAGGCCACGUUCAACGACACCGAUUAAUCCAACGUUAUUGGACGAGUUCGUGAUGCAAACGUCCCUCGACGAAAGACGAGUAGAAAGAAUGAAGAUAUCUUUACCACGCGAGGAUAGUUUUAAAUUGAAGAGUCCGAAAAGACACGCUGCUAAUACGUUUAGCGAGUUUGCUGGCAAAGUUACGGAUGGUGGUCGUAAUAGGACAACUGGUAAAUCACCUAGUCCGCCACCAUUGCCACCUAGAGCAACGACCAGGCCAACCAAUUGGAUUAAUUUCGAGGAAAUACCGGAAAAAAGGAAGGCACCGAAAAUAAUUCAAACGAUUCCCCGUAACGAGGAUGAGGUUAAUAAAACAACGGGUUAUAGUUACGUACAACCGGAGGAAUGUAGAUGCGAGUGUCACGAGGAAUCUAGAAGAGCAUCGAUCAAUAGGGAAACACCAUCAAUAAUAACAACAACAACAAUAACAGCAGCAACCAAUGUUACCAGAACUUCGUCGUCAUCAUGUAGCAGCAGCAAUGGGGAACGUACGUGCAACGGUGAGAACUGUGUUGUCCUACCAACGACUACGAGUUCUGUCGAUCGUGCCAGCAUCGUCAGUGACAGCUCGUUGGAAUGCAGUUUGAGUAUCGAGGACAACCAAAUGAUUACAAGCCAAGCUGUCGUUGUUAAUCAACAAACGAUCAUCAAUUCGGGAAAACCAUUUGGCAUGGAUCUAGAUGUUAGAUCUAAUAGAUCGAGUAUAGUUUCUCAAGAAGAAAUCGAUGAUAAUUCGCAUCAAUAAAAUCAAUCGGGUCUACCACAUUCGAAAUGAGAUUCACACAGACAAAAAGAUAACAUAAUAUAGAAGAAAAUGAAAGAAAGAAAGAAAGAAAGAAAGAAAAAACAAACAAACAACAAAUUUAAUCAUCCAUUACGUAUAUUACGUUAUUAUAAUACGCGAUAAAUCACAUUUUUUUCUCGACAACUAAAUAUUUUAACGCAUUUUAAAUCGUGCCGCAAAGAGAUCUCAUUCUAAUUGUCGCGCGUAAAAUCAAUGAAUAGUGUUUUCUCGAAGGUGUUUCUCAAAAUUAUCGAAACGGUAUCCCUCAUUCCAAUAAUUAAUCCGUUUCCGAACACGGAAUCUUCAGAUUUAGGAAUGGGGAGGGGGGAGGAUACUGAAACCUGACAAAAUCUUCUUUAGUUUUUCGAAAUUUAUUUCACUUUCAGUUUCCCACGAAAAUUCUUUGAUCGAAAUUAAUAUUCGAUUAUCGAACCCCUCCCCUUUCCCCCUUCUGACACUCGUGAUCGUGGUCGUUAAGAGAUUCACCUUCGUUACGUAAAAGAAAGAAAGAAACAAACAAAAAGAAAAAAAUAAGAAACCAACAUGACAAAAGAGAAUAAUAAAAUAACAAGAAAACUGUUGCACAAUGACGCACUUUAAAGAGGAUCACCCGUUGCGAAUUUAAAAUGAGCGAUGCAUCUCGCUGCCAGCUAAAAUAAUAAUAAUAAUAAUAUAGGAACGAUUUUAUCUGUAUUCUAAAUAACAAUUCGAAAUACAACAAGUUGGAUUUAAAUGAACGGAACGGAACGGAACGAAACGUUCUCGUUGGCAAAAGUUU